AUGCCUAAUGUCAGUCUGACGUCAUCAGUUCAGCAGUUCAUUAUUGUUGGCUUUCCAGGAUUUCAAGAUCUUAAGAGCAAAACCCUUUUUUCUGCGUUUUUCCUGACUGCCUACCUGUUAAUCUGCCUGGGGAAUCUCACCAUCAUUUUAACACUCACAAUGGAUGAAAAUCUGCACAAGCCCAUGUAUGUGCUGGUUUGCAGUCUGGCCAUUCUAGACAUUGCUUUUUCGUCUGUCACAGUUCCGAGAAUACUGGCCAUUCUCAUGUUUGACAGCAAUAUAUCUUUUGAUGGCUGUUUCGUGCAGCUUUUUCUUUUCCAUGCUGUAGGAAGUUCACAGUCCUUUCUCUUGAUGCUAAUGGCAUAUGACAGAUUUGUGGCUAUCUGUAAUCCACUUCGGUAUCCCACCAUUAUGACCAAUCGAGUUAUAUUGAAAUUUAUGCAUCUCUAUUGUGAACUUGCUUCUGUGGUCCGACUGGCUUGUGCUGACAUUUCAGUUAACAAUUAUGUGACUUUGGCCAUUGCUAUGUCUGUUAUGAUUAUCCCCUUGACCUAUAUUUUAUAUUCCUAUGUAAGGAUUAUCAUGUCAGUGCUCAAAAUUGCCAGUUCAGAAGGACGGGUCAAGGCUUUCUCUACAUGUGGAACACACCUGGUGGUAAUUUUUAUCUUUCUUUUAACUGCUGUUUGUGUUCAUAUUUCCAACCGGAUUCCAGGCACCUCUGAAGAUGUACGCAUCAUGGCAGCAGGGGUCCAAAAUGUGAUUCCUCCACUAAUGAACCCAGUCAUCUACUGCUUGAGAGCUAAAGAGAUUAGAGAUAGCUUUGUAAAAACUCUUCGAAAGUGUAAAAUAUUAUCAUUCUGA